AUCUUUCCUAUAUUUUCUUUACUAAUUCACCAGAGGCCCAAGUUUUUCAAAUUAGGGUUUCCAUCACUACUUAACUGCUGCUAAUUACGAACACAUCCCACAAUAUUUGAUUGAAAUUAAUCAAUGAAAUUAAACAAAAUUUGAAUCAAGAUAAGGUUUGAAUUUUUGAUGCAGAAAGGAUGACGAUGACGAAGAUGAUGAUAAUGGUGGUGGUAAGAAGAUAAAAAUGAAUUCCACAAAGCUAACAAACAAAAACAGGGACAAAAUCUGAAAAUGACGACGACGCUGCUGGAACCCACCACCACGCCUACAUCUACACCUACUUCUACUUCUGCUCCUAUUUUACCCUAAUUCAAAGUUCUUGACUUGAAUUGGAAGCCCUAAUUAUUAGCUUCACUUGAUCACAAACCACCAUCCAUGGCCGACGAUGUCGCUACUUCUAGCUCCAUUAGAACCAACUUUGACAAUAAUGGUGGAGAUGCAGCUUCCUUCAUCACCAAUCUAUCACAUGACCAUCUCUUCUCCAUCCUUCUCCUCUUACCCCUCGAUUCCAUCCUAUCCUUUGCCAUGACCUGCAAGAAAACCACCCGCCUUACUCAUUCCCAUACUCUUUGGAAGUCCAUCUGCACCAGGGAUUGGGGUCACUCCACCGUCGAUGCACUCCUCACUUCCUCUUCUUCCUCCUCUCUCGACUGGAAGAGGCUCUACCAGCGCCUCCGUAACCUAGAUCGGGUUUCUUGCUUUAAUCUCACAGACCCCGAUGCUCAGGGCCCUACUCCUAGAGCUUCUCAUUCUCUCAAUUUUUUCUCCGGAUGUCUCGUGCUUUUCGGUGGUGGAUCCGAGGGAGGGCGACACCUUGAUGACACAUGGAUAGCAUAUGUAGGAAACGGGUUUAGGAGGAUGAUGAACUGGCAGAGGGUUAUAUCAGACGGCCCAAGUGGACGAUUUGGGCAUUCAUGUGUUGUAAUAGGCGAUUGUCUUGUCCUCUUUGGAGGUAUCAAUGACAGUGGGAUCCGUCAGAAUGAUACAUGGAUAGCACAAGUAGCCAUAGAUGAGACCAACAGUAGUAGCAGAUUGUCAUGGAGACUACUAGAUGUGGGUCCAGUUGCACCUCCAACUCGGGGUGCCCAUGCUUGUUGUUCAAUCGAUAAUCAAAGGAUGCUCAUCCAUGGAGGUAUUGGGUUAUCUGGAAUGAGACUAGGAGACACAUGGGUGUUGCAUCUAUCUGAGAAUCUUUGUUUUGGCACAUGGCAUGAAACCGUGACUCAUCCAGUUCCCUCGCCACGGUCAGGACACACAUUGACCUAUAUUGGAGGAAGCAGGACGGUUCUUUUUGGAGGGAGAGGAAUGGGGUAUGAAGUGCUUAAUGAUGUGUGGUAUCUUGAUUCAUCUGAAGACCGUCUGGGAUGGGUACCAGUUGUUUUCGAACUACGAAACAUACCUGGUGGGCUUUCCCUUCCUCGGGUUGGACACUCGGCCACCUUAAUUUUAGGAGGGAGGGUGGUUAUUUACGGAGGAGAAGAUUCAUACAGGCACAGGAAGAAUGACUUUUGGUUGUUAGACAUUGGUUCCAAGAGAACGUGGAGAAGGUUAAAAUCAGAGGGGUACGAGGGUAGAAGCAGGUCGUUUCAUCGAGCUUGUGCAGAUGAAUCUGGAUGCAAUUUGUAUGUGUUUGGUGGAAUGGUGGAUGGGAUCCUCCAUCCUGCAGAACCUGCAGGACUGAGAUUUGAUGGAGAACUUUUUGUUGUAGAGCUUGUACUGUAGCUCAAUGUGAGUAAGCUGCUAGAAACUAGUAGUAGCUCAAUGUGAUUAAGCUUCUAGAAACUAGUAGUAGCUCAAUGUGAUUAAGCUUCUAGAAACUAGUAGCUGGACUGGAUCCUUCCAGAAUGCCAUAGGAAGAUAUAUGCAGUGGCUAUUGGGGAGGCCUGGGGGUGAAGAAGUUUAAAAAUAUGCAAAGUGCUUAAAAGCAGAGCACCCAAGGGCUUUUCAAGAUAUAUACAAGUCUGCAGCAGUUGACAUCUGAAUGUUAUUUGGUGGUUUGGUAAAGUCAGUUGGUAUUUAUAUAGAAGUUGAGUGAAAAUUGGGCCUAUCAUGAUCUCA